GAUUCGAUUUCGGAGCACAUUUGGCACGCCGCGCCGCGCGGAAUUUGUGCCAGUGCAGGAUUUGCACGUUUGCACACGCUGCGUAUCCAUCAGUCGUAACUUUGAGUGUUACGUUUAAAAAAAGACUAAGUGAAUAUGCUAGUAAGUAGAUUAUUUACAGUAAAGCUGAAGUAGUUCAGUGUAUUUUAAUUUCCAGGAGUUCUAAAUAAAAAAUUACUGAUGUGUACAUAGGCACUUCGACAUAAACCAGCCUCAGGCUCCGGGCAUACCAUUUUAAGUUGGAACUCAGGCAAGCCUACACUGUACUCGUACACAUAGCAUAUACACUGUAGUUGGCGUAGUGCAGAUGAGUGGCUCGUUUACCCGGGUUUUAGUCCGGCUCAGAGAUUGUUAACUUCCUUCUGCUAAGAAAUACGACGCACUUCUGAGCUCAGCUGAUAUAAGAUGCCAUGCUUGCUUCCUUCUCUGGGAAUGCUAUCAAUGAAUGAUGGCCUCAAGAACUGUAGCUAAAAAGAAAGGUUUAUUCCAAGGCAUGCGAAAGCGAUCAGCAAGUUUCGCACACCCAGGACGGACAGAUGCUGAGGAAUGCUCCCCAGAUUUCCAAGCAUACAUCAAGGCAGUAGUGCAGGCCGAAGCUACACACGAUCCAGGGACACCUCCCCACAGUGAGAACAAUGUGGAACAACAGCCACAAAGUCGCCUUCGGUCGUACUCCGAUUCCGCAGCAACUCUGUCAAGCUACAAAGCAACUCCCGUCUUGAAGACCAUUCCAGAAACUACUUCUUCCUCUAAGUCUAACGUCAGGACCCGCCGUGCCUCUGUGGCACAGAGUCAAAAUCUCCUGGCCAGCGAUUUCACAUUUUUCGAAGAUGAGGAGGACGGAAGGGACAUCUGGAGCUCUGUGGAGAGCUUUGACUCAGGAGAUGUGGAGAUCUACAGUAACUCACCCCCAGUUGGGAGGAGACAGCUCUGUAGCAAGAAUGUGCAGUUUGGAGCUGUUCAGACCAGAUGGGACCCAGGUUUGAAUCCAGGAAUUCAGGUCUUCACAUGGCUUCCAAAUGGAAAUCGUGUAACUUUGACUGGCCAGCCUGGCAUGAAGAUCAAAGACCUAGUCGCUGACAUCACCAUGGAGCAUCAGAUACCAAGACACAGGCUCCGGAGGGCGUCCACCUUGGGUAUCAUCCGUGACGAUGCCAGGGUGUCCUCCCUGGCUAGACAGGAGAUUAUCAUUGAAUCACACUGCAUGGAGGAAACAGAGGAAGAUGCUGACAAGCGAUUGGCUGUUUUGAAUGAAAUCAUUUCUUCAGAGCGAGGCUACUGUAAUUUACUGCAGUCCAUCUUCACAACCUACAAGGAACCUUUGAGAAAGUCACCUUCGAUGCCCAAAUCUGACCACACUCGUAUAUUUUCCAGUGUGAAGCAAAUGGUGACUGUGAGUGCCACAUUUCUGACUAAGUUGGAAGAGGUCGCAAGUAGUUGGAAUCCUCACACAUCCACAAUCGGUUCUCUCUUCGAUGAUGACUUCUUGGAGGAAUACAAGGAAUACUAUGCCCACUUUAGGGUCAUACGCCUGCUGUUGGUCUUCCUGAGGAACAACAACAAGGACUUUGUGCAUCUGUGUCAUGAGAAGAGAGGAUCAUCAUGGCACACCCUGGACUCACUGUUACUGCUGCCUGUCCAGCGUGUGUCCCAGUAUGACAAGUACUUGUCCGAGUAUUAUGACCACACACCACCUCGCCAUCCGGACUACCGCGAUGUCUGCCAAGGAGCCCGUAACGUCAGAAUGAUGGUGAAGGAGCGGGAAGAUGAGGUGACCAUCUUGGAGAAUGAGAUACGUUUGCAGCAGGUUCAGGACAGGUUCCCCCAUGAUGAUCUGCAGCUCAUAGACAGAGACACCAAGUCACAGAGGUUUAAGGCGCUCGCCAAUCGGAGGAGAUCAGCACCAACUGUAGCUCUCAAGACAGCACUCGGAGGGAAGAAAUUGCCCAGUGGUUCCCCCUCGCCUGGUGACCUUGCGGUUCCCACGGACAGCAAUGCACUGAGCAGCAGCAACAACAACCGUGUGUAUGUCAUGGAGGGUGCCAUCCAAGUGACUGGAGGGGACCAGGCCCAGAGCCGCUACGUUUUCCUCUUCAAUGACGUCCUCAUCGUCGCCAAACCAAACAAAUCUUGCUCGACAUUCCGUGUCAAGCACCGCAUCAGGGUCAGCGAGCUGUGGCUGGCGACCUGCAUCAACGAUGUGAUUGAACUUAACAAACCAGCGGAUCGGUCCUUUGUAGUAGGCUGGCCGGUCACAAACACCGUCUGGACCUUCAGCUCGCCCGAGGAGAAGGAACUCUGGUGGCAGGCCUUGCAAAAGAAUAUCACUGUCCAGCGCGAACGGGAGGAACCCAAGACGGUCAACCUGAAGGUCCUUAACCGGGAGUCGCGCGGCUCGGGGUCGGUCCACAGGACUGUCCAGGUGGGCAACACUGAGACUGUUGAUGAGACACUGAGGACCUGCCUGCAGCAUUUCCAGCUGGACGACGCCCAGCCCGAGGACUACGGUCUUUGGGUGCAGUCAGGCAAAGACUCACUGGCGUAUCCGCUGAUCGGCCAUGAGAUCCCCUAUGCCAUCAAAAUGAGCCAUCUCCAUGACGCUCUGUCCAAGAACAGCUAUGGGGACCUUCUGUUGCCUGGGGAAGACGAGGCCACUGCCUCAGCUGCCAUCGACGAUGCCUCCUUCAAACAGCAUCGGUGCCAGUUUUUCCUACGGCGGAAAGGCGAGAGCCGCCUUGGCAUCAGUGUCGACACUUCAGUGUUCCCAACGCAAAACAAACGGCUGAAGAAAGCCCGCAAGACCCACUUCAAACUGUCCUUUAAGAAGAGCAUCUCGGUCAAAGGGGACUUGCCCGAUGCCUUCUCACCUCCCCUCUCGCCAAACUCCCAGUUAUUUGGCAUUCCCCUGCCUGUCCUCUGCCAGGACAGUGCCCUGCCAGGCCCCUUACUGGACCUGUUGACUUCCCUUUACCACAACGGGCCCUUCACCACGGGCAUCUUCCGCAAAUCAGCCAACGCCCGGGUGACCCGUGAGCUGAAGGCCAAGCUGUGUGCCGGCGAGAGCGUUAUGUUCGAAGAGGUGCCCAUCACAGUGGCCGCUGCCCUCCUCAAGGACUUCUUGCGCAAUGUGCCCAACGGCGUCAUGUACAACGUACUGUAUGAGAACUGGGUCAACACCAACAAUGUUGAAGGGACGGAGCAGCGGAUUUGCGCCAUCAAAUCGGUUGUGAAUGACAUGCCUGCAAGCCAUUGCAACCUGUUGCGCCACCUGAUGUGUAUCAUGUACCACAUCAGUCAACGCAGCGACGAGAAUAACAUGAACGCCUAUAACCAGGCUGUCUGUUGCUCCCCAAGUAUGCUGUGGGCGCCCAGCUCAAGUGGAUCGAUGGCACAGGUUCAAGCAACUGAGAAGGUCCCACAGAUUGUCCAGUUCAUGGUCAACAAUGCCCCUGAGAUCUUUGGUGUAGACCUCCUUGAUUUGUUUGGAGGACCUCCUAUUAAGAGACCAGAGCCUAAUCGACGCGACUCAAGUGGUGAUUCAGACAGCUUUCAUGGCUCAGGAGAGGCAGGCGGAAUGAAGCGCGAUGAUUCCUCCCUUGACAGCAUAGAUCGAGAACUGUCGGGCAACGAGGGCUGGCCCAGCACCCUGCCUGUUCUGUCCCCGUCCACGCUAAGCCGGGACUCUGUGCUCACAUCCAGCGACAAUCAGCUGUACCCCGAGUCAGACACAACAGACACCACUGACUCAGGUGUAGAUGCUAAGGACCGAUUGGGAUGCAGCAGCAGCCCAGGCCCCACAGUGCCUGGCAUAAAGCACACACGGAGUUCAUCGUCUAUUGAGAAAGGAGAGGGGAAUUACGUAGAGCCAGCAUACUUGCGACCCGAGGUGGCCUACGUGAGGAGGGUGUCAGAACCCGACACCAGUAUGCCCAGAAAACGCUAUGUCCUGACCAAGUCCCAUUCUGCCAUGCACUCUGAGGACAACAGCCCUGAGGGUUCAGACAAUGAGGUAGAACUGAGUGAGGAUACCGUCCGGAUGAUCCGAGAACUGAGCGAAGAGUGCAGCUUCAAGCUCUUCAGUGACCUCCUACCAGACGAGGAAUCAGGUCCGGAGGGUGAUGGCUUGAAGAAGGCCCUGGACAAGAGACGGCAGGACUACCUAAAGUCUCAGAAGUCCCAACAGGCUGAGACGGAGAGACCAUCCAUGGACUCCUCUGCUAAGUCAGUUACAGCCAGCAUGGAAAUAAUGGGACAUUCAAGCUCCUCACUUGCCAGUGAGAAGAACUCCCUCAGCCAGAGACACAAGCAGAGGAGGAUUUCCGUGCCAGCAAAGUUCUACAACCCACUGACUGUUUUCCACAAGAAGGCCACACCUGUCAAGCACGACACCCCGUCAACAUCCUCAUCAGAGGGUCUCUCUGCUGACUCCUCAGAGAAACUUUCUCUGAGUCAUGCAGACAUGGUGGGCAGAUCAGUGAAAGAAAGUGGCCCACGGCAUCCUAUCAUGGAUAACAGAUCAUCACCCCUCCCUCAGCAAAGAUCUCGGCGUCCUCGUAUAUCGUCCUCAAGACCCCUAGGGAAACUGUCGCCAGAUGGUCACCGUCGAGGCGUAACCUUCCCAGAAACUAACACACCACCCAGGGAGUUUUUUCCCCGAGAUGCAACACAUCUGUCUUUGUCCAAGAGUGGCCAUACAGAUACUCGGAGAAUGAUGCCAGGUCGGAGCAAUCCCACUAUGACACGGUCACUGAGCGAUGAGCAGAUCAAAAACUCCCAAUCUUGCACAGACGAUGCCAACGACGACGUGUCCAGAAACAGUCAGAGUGUCUCAAGUCCAAGAAACCAAUCAUCUUUUCAUGAUAGUUCAAGACAGGACUCUCCUCCCUCCUACCAAGAGACCAUGCAUCGUCGGGCUCAUCUGCAGCAUCGGUCACACUCCCUGGACAAGGGGGACGCUCCCAUGUUUGACAGCGAGGAGUCCCAGCCGCGGAGAAGACGAAGCGGUGCCCAGACCUGUAACAUCUCACGAUCACAGCCCCUCUGCCGUUUGCCCAGCUCGCCCUACUCAAAGUCUCCGACCAAGACCUCUCCCAUCGUGGAGAGUGGCAUCAUUUUCCACAUUUCUGACUCAGAGUCCAGCGACGAGGGCACUGUGGACAUGGAGAGCCUACGCCAGUUCAGCACCAGCCCCAGCAGCUUGCAACUGAAGGAGGUUAAGCAAGUGCGCCGGACAUCCAGCGACCGUUCAGCCAGAGCCGAUGGGAGAACACAGUCAUUUGCAAAUGCGAUGGUUGCUGGUGUCCAGAGGACACUAAGUGACAAGCGCACUGCCCCAAAUGACGAGGAGUCUCCCCAAACCCGGCUCUUUUACGGUCAAGAGGCAACGCUGACUGCACAAAGUCCCCGCGCUCACCACAGUGCAACACCCAAGAGGACCCUGGAAGAAAGUACCACCAGGUCUGCGAGAAACUUCACCCGCUCCAGGAGCAUGGAGGAAAACAAGCUCCACUCAAAGGCCACCAGGAUUGAUUCAGUUGACUCUGCAAUCUCCACCAGCUCAGAGAUGUCCCCUAGCAGCGGCCGCUCUUUCACAAAUUCCCCCUUCUCAUCCCAGGCCCAGUCGGCAGGAGCAGAACAAGGCAGCCUGUCACCCCAGGCCAAGAGCACCAUGCAGGACUACUUCCUGAGCACGGACCCUGUCAACGGGAUGGCCGUAUGCAAGGAGACGGAGAAGGCCGUCACAAAGUCCCGGCAAGAUUGGCGGCACCUCACAGCUAAGCGCCACUCCCUCAGCUUUUUGGAUGAACUGGACCAUGUAGAGUUUACAGAGGAAUCUUAUGUUUAAUAGAGACAUUACACAAAACGUCAUACUUUCUCUGACAGAAGUUCAGACAUCUUUGAUAUCUGUAAUUGUACUUGCGGCAGUCAGUAAUACCAUGUUCUUGUCCAGUAAUACCAUGUUCUUAUCCCUUUACAAUAUGCAUCCAUAUGGCAGAAUCUAUCAAGAGCUGUGUAGUGGAAAUGAUCAAAUAACUAUCAUGGAUUCCAUCUUGGCAUAGUUCCCUGAAGUCCAAGUUGCACUGAUACAAGAGUCAAAAGUAAGUGACACCACACUAAAAAAUCACCCUGAGCAUUUUCAAAUGCUGAUAGCUGAUAAUUUAUUCAAAAACACUUUAAGCAGUCUGAGAUUAACGGCAUCCAAUCUAACAAACUGUAAAGCUACUACUAAAACAAAUCAACCCAGCUUCUCCGAUCGAAGACCCUUUGGUCAGUUUUUGAAAUGGAAGGCAUCAGAGCGAAGUGCAGCAUGAGCAAGUGAAUGAAAUGUUGACAGAACCCUGUCUGCAUUGCACAUGUAGCAAGUUAGAUGUGCCUCAGUUUGGCAUGGAAUUCAGUCAGAUGCUAUUUUCAAGUUAAUGAUCGCACUUGUGUAUUUUGUAGAUUUACUAUGUAAAUACAUUGUACUCUUUUUUAACAAAUUCAACUCAUAACCCCCAAUUACUCUAUACAAUUGUAUUCAGUUUUCUCUUUUAAAAAAUUAUUUAAUUUUUUAUUUGUAAAAAUUUACUCAGCCUUGAUAGAAAAAAAGAUAUUUUUUUCUGUAAAUAGACUUCUUAAUGUACACUACUUAAUGAAAUAUAAUUUUUAAUAAAUUUCAGCAGGCUGGAAGUGAAAAGGAUUGGCAGGGGAACCUUUUCGUGUACUGUCACCUAUUAGAGUCAGAAAUGAAAUCAUUCUAUUUACAGGUUCCUGUAAUGCAUGUAAUGAAAGUUUAUGUCAGAAGUAGAAUAAUUAUUCACUAAACAAGGCUGCUUCAUUGCUCACUGUGUUAUAUCAGCAUAAAUUUGUGGCAGAAUGUCCUGAAUUUAGAAAUGGUACUUUGUAAUAAUUCAGACAAAUCUAAAUGUUAAGGCAAAAGGGGACCAAUUUCAUUACCCUUUGUAUGUAAAUGAGGUCAUACUCAGAUUAAAGCUGAGCACUAAAGUACUAGAUUACAGUAUCUUUUAUCACCACCCUCAUUCCCAUGGGUGCGAUCUUGCCGCACCAUGUUGGUUCCCACCAUGCCUUGCGCGAUCUAACCCUGUUAUUGUAUAAUUUAACACCAAUUUUGACAGUCACGUGUUCUCCCUCGGCCUUAUCCUGAGUCUUGGACCCAGAACCUUGCUACCGUUGAUUGGAGGAAUUCAAACCUUAUUCAGUAUUGAUUUAUUUAUUUGGGGUGUUAUAACCUUGAUGCUUCCUACAUGUAGCGGGAGUCAGUCUUGGGAUCCGUGUCUGCACAGAACUAGCCUGGGCCGCAACACAGAUUGUGUAUAGGUUGGCUGGUUACUGUAUAGUUUGUGUCCUUCCUGCAUGAUGUAUAUAACCCAGUCGUUUGAUUAAUACAGCAGUUUAAGCCUGCCCUCCCCCAUUUUCCCUUUAAGCCACGCUCUCCCCCCUACCCUUUUAAAUCUUAAUUCCAGCAGUGCUUGCCAUUAAGUGAUGUUAUAUUUACUUUUUAUAGCCAGAUUUUAUUCCAAAACGGUCUGCUCCCUUUCAGAUGGAAGCAAAUUUGACCAUUCAAAAGUUCAUGCGAAUAUCCAGGAAGUUAAAGAAAAGGGUUUCGUUUUAGACCUCAUGAGAUGUCACAACAGAAACUGUUUAUAUCACUGCAGUUCGGUGGGGCUAGUAUGCGUCCUAUUUGUGGAAUCCUUUUGCGCUCGUGUGUAUGUACGUGAGCAUUCUCAGUUGUUAUUAUUACAGGUGCCAUUGUUUUAAAUGCACCUAGUAAUAUACAUAGACACAGUAAUUUAUUUGAGAUAAUUCUAUGUACAUGUAAAAUGUAUCUUCUUAGCCAAAGAUGUAGCAUACACGAUGUACAUUAUGUACUUUUUAUUCUAUAUCCUAGGUUAAAGUCUCUUUUAAAGUGAUAGCUUUUUCUAAGUAUCCGUCUCUCAGAGUUCAGCAAUGUAGGUUAGCUUAUGUUGCGGGUAGUUUCCUCUGAACUUCACAGAUCCUUUUCUGAGCUUAUUGUGGAGUCACCAUUCGUACGUUUCCUUUUCAAGACCAUACGUGUAAUUUCAUUCUGAAGAGCAUCACCGGUCUGCUUGCUGUCUUUUCUCCAUAUACAUGUACUCGUUAUACUUGACAUUGCGGUCAUUCCGAAUGAAAUAAUAAAUCUGUUAUGUUUUGUGAGUUUUGCUGAA